CUGCGAUAUUUUCAUUAUUAUUUAUUCCUAUUUCAGUUAUAAUAUGUCAGAUAUAAUAGUUUUUUUUCAAUUUCGGAAAAAGGUUCCCGUUCUGGUGCACCUUUAUUUCCUGUCUCGGUAUAGCUGUUUUUAAUUAUCUUUGACCUUUUGCGGACUUGGCUUUUCACUUAUUCCACACUUAUUCCAGAAUAUUAUAUAAUUAUUUACUCUCUUCCAUUCAUUUAAGGAUUUCUGAGGUCCGCCACUACAAUUUAAACUAACAACUAAGUCCUCCCAACAUUUGGUGAGCUCAUUUGGGUGAUCAGGAGUAACUUUGUUCUCUCUAAAAUAUUUAUUUGUUUCCAACAUAUUGAUGUAUAGUUCGUAUUGGUUUUGAGUGGUUCUCACUCUACGUCUUUUUGCUGGUGUCUCUAAUCUAAAAUAUGUUUUUUUAAUAACAAAAACAUUUUGCUUUAUUACAAUAUUUUGUACUUACCCGGCCAUUCUUUAAAUAUAUUCUAUUAUAAUUGGAUAGCGCUUAUCUAAAAGGUACCAACCGCCAAAUCACGUUCUUUCAUAUAAAUGCACUAAACGCCUUUUAUAACAAAGACUUAGUUACUCUAAAAAGAUCGAAACACUAAACUGCUCGUAGGGACCUCUGUUAUUGAGGGUACCAAGUGACACAACACGAAUUAUCGAAUUCUACUUACUUCUAAAGGGAUCCAAGUCACAGAAGCUGUUUAAAUAUUAAACAUCUGGCGUUUGGUUCCUUUUUGAGUUAGAGUUUCAUUGUGUCAUCUUGAAUGCUGUGAGCUGUCGUGAAUGUUAGUUUUGUGUUAAAGUUAGCACGAGGUUUUUGUAAUGGGUGAUAGAAGUGCUAGAAUUUUGAAUCUGUCAUUAAAACUGACAAAUAGAUCAGACGUGCCCUAUAUAUCCAGUUCUAGCUAUUAGCAAACUUCGUGCAGCGACAUAAUUUCUGUUUCUACAACGCCAAUCUUAAAAAAUAAAUCGAAAAAAAAAAUAAACAAUAAUGACAAUUCAUUAAUAAACUGUGAUUUAAAAUAUGAUGGUACUAACCAGAAUAUGUCAGUCCAGGAAGCUAAAGAAGAAUGUUCUCAUCCUACCGAGGUAUCUUAUAACAGUGAAAGAGAGAAGAAUAUUAAACAUAUUAGUGACUUUGAAGAUUCUGGAAGUGAAUAUAAGCCAAGUUCAGAUUCAGAGGAUUCGGAUUCUAUUUCGCAUUCCAGUUUGAAAUAAAACUUAGCAGAGACUCAAAGAAAUUUGGCGUUACUUGAAGAAAAAUCAAACCGAAAAGGCAGACCUAAGAAAGGGAGGUACACCAAAUAUCCUGCAAAAUUAAAAGAUGGAAAUAAGAAACAUUUUACAGUUAAAGGCAAGCUAGUAGAAUCAAAAAUGUUUAUAGAUUUCCAAUGCAAUUGCACUUUGAAAUGUAAUGAACAUGUUACACUUGCUGCAAGGGAAAAGUUUUUUACGCAAUUUUGGGGACUGGAGAGCUAUAAUGCUCAAACAACCCUUAUAGCAGCAACAGUUAAACAACAAGGAAUAAAGAGAAAAAGAAACAAAGAAAGUAACAGAAGACAAAAUACUCGAACUUAUCAUGUCAAUAAUAUAAAAGUCUGCAGAGAUAUGUAUAUUAAAACUUUACAAAUAUCACCCAAAAGGGUAAACACCGCUUUGAAAAAAAUACAAACCGGUAAUAUUAAGGAUGAAAGGGGAUUUAAGUGCGGAGGAUAUAAUAAGUUGAGUAAAGAAACAAAAGAUAAGAUAAUAAACCAGAUUGCCAGAUUUCCUAUGUAUAUAUCCCAUUAUUCAAGAAACGAAACGGAGGCAAAGUUUUUGGCAACUGACCUCACAUUAAAUAAAAUGUAUUGUUUAUAUACAGAAGAAGAAACUAAUCACAAAGUGGGAUUUUCAACAUAUAAAACAAUUUUUUACGAAAAUUUCAAUUUGAGACGCAAAGCCCCUGCAAAAGACACGUGCAAUUUAUGUGAUAGUUAUACCGCAAAAAUUAGAAACUGCAACCAGGAUGAACUGGACGAAACUAAAUUGCAACACGAACAACACUUGUUAAUAGCGAAAGAAGCACGCGAUGCAAUGAAACAUGAUAUGGAGCUAGCUAAAACAGAUGUUAAAGUUGAGACAGCAACAUACGAUAUAGAAAAAGUUUUAGGAUUGCCAAAACUCCCCACUAAUAUUGUUUAUUACAAAAGACAGCUUUCAAUUUACAAUGAAGGCAUACAUGUAGCCUCAACUAACACACCAUAUUGUUUUAUUUGGAAAGAGGGAAUAGCUGGACGUGGGGCUCAAGAGGUCGGAUCUUGUAUUAGAAAGUUUGUUGAUACAUUUUUGGCGCAAGAAACCGAAAACUUAAUUCUAUGGUCUGACUCGUGCGGAGGCCAAAAUAGAAAUAUUAAAAUCGUAUUACUUUUAAAAGCUGUUCUAGAAUCGCACACUUCACUUAAAACUAUCUACUUCAAAUACCUGAUGCCUGGCCACAGCUUCUUACCGAAUGAUACGGACUUUGGAGAGAUUGAAAGAAAACUAAAGUACCAAUUACGUGUUUACACUCUAGAUGAGUUUAAAAAAAUCAUUGAACUUUGUUCGUCAAAGAGUAAAUUUGUUGGGGUUGAAAUGACAAAGGAUGACUUCGUCGGAACUUCAAGAAUAGAGCAAUUUAUAACCAACCGAAAAAUAGAUAGUAAUAGAGAGCACGUUAAUUGGCUUCAAGCUAGGGUAAUAAAAUUUAGUAAAGAAACACCUUUCUCAAUUUUUAUGAAGUAUAGCCACAAAGAUGAUGAAGAUUAUUAA